AUGGAAUCCCCCUCUGCCGCAACAAGCAGACUCAUACAAAACAAUGUCGCUGGGCAAGAAGCACGUGUUGGGAUUCUCGCCCAAUGGUGGCCAAUUGUUUGCCUCGGUGGACGAGCUGGGCGUCCUGCGGAUAUGGAACACCGAGACGAAUACGCUGAAGCAAGAGUUCACGCCAAACCUGCAGGUCUCCGGGCCAUGUACGGCCCUCACGUGGGUUUCUCUCUCAGCUCCCCGCUUGAAGAAGUCUCGUAAGAGCCUCCAGAGCCAGGAGGCGACAGACGUUAAGCUCUACAUAGCACUGGGAACACUCAAAGGAGUCGUGGUCAUAUACUCGUUGGCUGAGGGCAAGAUUGAACGCACACUGAGUGGCGACAACCACGAUGGACCUAUCACCUCCAUUGCCUACGACAAUGCGGAUCACUUGUACACAGUCGGUGUCGACUGUCGGGCCCUUGUCUGGUCGCUGUCGGAGGGGCGCUGCCUCGGCGACUGGCAGGUGGGUCCUGAAAAGCCACAGAACAUCGCCUACCUUCCAAAGAGUCGCACCCUGGCUGUCGGAUCGCGUCAGCUGAAGGUCUUUGACGUGAAGACGAAGGAGCUGGUGGAGACCUUCACCGGACACUCUGGAGAAAUAAACACAAUCAGCCAUGUCGUGUGUGGGGAUAGUUCCGAGUUAGUGUUGACGACAGCCAAGAUGGAGCGAGUGAUUUGCUUCUGGAAAGUGGAGAAGCGGGGCAAGAGCAAAGCGUCCGCUUGUACGCUCCUCAUGGAGGAUCUGGCGUACUGCUUGGCCAGUGAAGUGCGCGAAGAUGGCCAGCUGAGGGUGGCCAGUGUGACUCGCAAUGGCAAUAUACACAUUUACCUGCUUAAUGUCAACAGUUUAUCUGCCGAGAAGUUUGUUAAGCCAAAAGUGUCCCUCCAAAUUGUUUCUGAUGGCACGGAGACCGUGGAACCCAUUCUGGCAGUGGCAGCUCACUUUGUGACCGAUUCCAACCGUUCCCACGAAAUCCUCUUCGGCUACGGCAGCCGCCAGCAGUUGCAGUUCGAGCGCUUCACCCCCAACUACGGCGAGAAACUGAACGUCAUUGUGCGAGCCGAUCCAAAGAAACUGUAUGCGAAAAAGAAGGGAAAGGAUCAGUUGGGUUUCCAGGAAGCCACCAAAGUUCAGAAGCCUAUUGUCAGCCAGAAGAACGUAGAGUACAACAGCGCCCUGCCGAUCUCCCAGAAGAAGGUGCAGAACGAGGUGCCCAUGGAGGCGCGGCUGCAACACCUGCAGAUCCAGUCCACCAAGCUGAGCGGUGGCAAGUUGCAGACCCAAAGCAAGACACAGCUGCUGAUGCAGGCACUCCACAGCAAGGACCAGGCGAUGAUAAAGGCCGUCCUGAGCACGAAUGAUGUGGAGACGAUACAGUUGACGCUGGACCGACUACCGCUGGAGUAUGUGAGUCCUUUGGUCAAUGAGCUCUCGAUUCUGCUGCAAGGAAAGCAUGCCAGUGUAAGCUCUGCCCUGCGGUGGCUGAAAGUGCUCGCCUCCACCCACACAAGUGUCCUCAUGUCGGAGGACAAGGAAGCGCUGCGAGAGAAGCUGGGCGUUUGUCUGGGCGUGGCAGAGCAGCGCAUGCACUGCCUCUCCGAAGCACUACAAAUUUCGGGACGAGUCAACCUGAUUAUCAGUCAGAUGAAGCGGAAUGCCGACAACCACUUGAACGACAGCAAGGCCCUGAUUGUGGACGACGAACCAGAUGACCUCGAAGAGACCGUGGACGAUGACCUGCUGACGGAGAACAACUGGAGCGAUCUGGAGGAUCAGCAAGUGAGUCCGGCUAGUGUGUCGGAGCAAGACGUCGAGGCGGACGACGACCUGGCCACCGAUGACGGCAAUCCGGAGACAGACUCUGAUGAAUCCAUGGAAGAGUAGCCUUCCCGGCUGUAAAUUAAAAUCAAAAAUUAAAACUACACUUAUUUUUCAAAACA